GGAAUCUGGCACCCGUGUGUAUGGCGUUCUCAAACGACGUUACAUUCUCAACUGUCACGCGAUUUGUCAUGCAAGAAUAUUAUUACCAAAAUCGUUACUAUUAUUACUGUUGCGUUGUUACUUCUUGUUCUUCCGUCUCUGCAUCUAAGAUCUAGAACCAACCAAAUAUUACCAAAAGAAAAGGAAUAGGAAGGCAAGGGCCUUGCGUGUCUUGCAUCACAGACUUGGCGAUGAUUCUAGUAGUGCUAUUCAGCGCGGCAAAAACUUGUCAUGCGAAGAAGUUUGACCGUGUGCGGUGUGAUAGUGAUUCUGCGUGACAAAUUGUGUAUCCAGUUCUUGAGAAUGUAACGCUUGAGAGUCCCAUAAUGUUGCGCUACAACGCUGGGUGUUCGAUUGGACGGAGUAUUUGAAGUGGAUCAGUCAGUACGUGUGGUGGCAUUGGUAUCACGAUUGGUUCCGCCUGGACUGGGUAAUUUUCCCUACAUAUCCUGUGGAAAAACACCCACACGCCAGAGUCAAGAUGGGGACUUUGCAACACAAACCUAGAAGUUUUGGGACUCGAGCAUCACAAGUUGGAGUCCGUAGUGUAGUGCAGGGUAGCAAGGACAAACGCAUCACAAACCCAUCUGCUUGUCCGGGUUACAGCAUUACAAAUUCCAAGACACGACUAGAAAUCCCUCUCAUGGAGAUGCGCAUUACAAAUGUUCCUGUCAUUGCAAAUGUGCAUGACAACUCUGCGGAGGUGGGGACGUUUUUACAAAUGAUCCUACAGAACCAUACAAGUGGAUCAUUGAGCAGGCGCC